GGACGCUCCGGGAAUACGUCAGAGGAGCGCGAACCCGGAAGUGCUGGAUUUUUACCCCGUUGUUUUCAUUCCCGGAUCAAAGGGACGGAUUGACUUUAUUUUUGUGUUUCUCCUCGUUUGGGACUGCAACCCCUCGUUAUUGUUAUUUUGUCGGGUUACACAUUGCUGUGUACCCCGGCUCCCCUUUAUUUUGUUUAUUCUCCUUGACUUUUUGGUGCCCAUCUGACGUUGGUUUUACGUUCAAUAAAACCGGGGGCUUGUUAAGGAAAACCUGAUUCGUUGUCAUUCUUUUACACCACAUUCCGCCAUCUUGAUCACACGUGGUGUCAUCGUGGGAUGGACCCAACCACUUUGUCGGUGAUCCUGGAGGCAUUGGACAGCCGGAGGGAGGCUGAGGAACGGAGGAGGGAGGAGAGAUACACGGCUCUUAUCGAGAGGGUCGGGAUGGGGAUGACGUCAACGGCGACGGGCCCCGUGCUGGUUGCCCCGAAGGCCCGGGCGCAGAAAAUGACAGCGGAAGAUGACCCGGAGGCCUACCUUGUAGCCUUUGAACGGCUGGCUACCACUGCAGCAUGGCCCCGGGAGUACUGGGCGAGCCAACUUGGUCCCUGCUUGAUUGGGGAAGCACAAGCUGCGUACCGGGCCAUGACUGAUGACGAUGCCGCCCCGUAUGACCUGGUUAAGCAGGCUAUCCUCCGCCGUCUCAAUAUCACGGGGGAGACUCAUCGUGUCAGAUUCCGGGAGUUCCGGCGACCCCCCAACACCCGGCCCAGGGUGGUAGCCCAGCGAUUAUGAUUCAGAUGGGGGAGGCCAUUGUGAUGGAACAAUUCUGCCAUGUGGUCGGGGCUGAGACGCAGGCGUGGGUACGCCGGCAUAACCCCACAACGCUGGAGCAGGCCGUGGCGUUAGCCGAAAAUUUCGAGGACUCCCUGGUGUCCGCUCGAACCACCCUGCUGGACUGCCCCCCUCCCUCCGCUGCCAAAGGACCACCAUCGAACCCUUCCCCCGGACCCAGGCCCGUCAGAUCACCGGCCCCCUUACAAUGGAGGCAGAGGUUGGCCCCCAGCUGGGGUAGAAUGGUUCCCCCUGCCCUGCUGUCAUACCAGCAGCGGGACAAAUAUGUACCGCCCUUACCCUCUGCCCCACCCGUCUGUUUUAGGUGCCAGCAGCCGGGACACAUUGCCAGAUACUGCCCGGCGGCCAUGGAGUGCGACGUGGCUGCGUGUCACCUGGCAUCUGAGACAGGUAGGAAAUGGGGAAAUGGUCGGGAGGGCCCGUGUAUGGUUGAUGUUGUAUUGGGGAAUGUGAACACCCAUGCGUUAGUGGACACAGGGUGUGAGCAAACUUUAAUUCGAACAGCUCUCCUUGGCGGUAUGUCGUGGCAGCCACAAGGCCAGGUGGCAAUCUCCUGUAUCCAUGGGGAUACGGCAACAUACCCCACUCUAAAAGUAUAUUUAUCGGUAGGCCCGAUAAAGCGCCACCUAGUAGUGGGGGUGGCCGAAAAGUUGCCACAUCCAGUUAUUCUGGGUCGAGACUGGUCGCAAUAUAAAGAUUUAAUAAAAAUAUCGGCAGUCUCGACCACACGUUUAGACACGGCAGACCCCCGGGGAAGGGAAGUAAUUGGUAAUGUUUUUCCUUUCCAUACAGAGCUGUUUUCUUCACUUUUUCGUCCUAGAAAAACACGUAAGGAGAGACGGAAGGAAAAGUGGGAGGGCGCAUCGAUAAGACACGGUUGGGGUCUGGCGGGAGAAGGUGCUGAUGGUCCCAAACGUCAAUCGAACGGAGUCGGAACGCAGUGUGACCGGGCGAGCGAGGUGUCACUGUUUGGGAGAGGCCUUACCGGAUCCCAGAAAGCCGGCGGAGUGGCGUCCAGAACGAGAGCACUAACGGGACGCUCCGGGAAUACGUCAGAGGAGCGCGAACCCGGAAGUGCUGGAUUUUUACCCCGUUGUUUUUAUUCCCAGAUCAAAGGGACGGAUUGACUUUAUUUUUGUGUUUCUCCUCGUUUGGGACUGCAACCCCUCGUUAUUGUUAU